AUGGAUGCUGCUCGCGGAGGCGGGGUCGUCGCCUCGGUCGGGGAGCUGCUCGACGACGGCCUGGGGCUCAAGGUCGUCGAGGACGACGACGAGGCUGCGGCCGCCUUGGAGGAACUGGAGCCGUCGCCCGCCGAGCUGGUUGUCAUCGAGCCGAACUCGUUCUACUUGAGUACAGGCUUCAGCGACGACGGGGAGCAGCAGUGCGAUUUCGUGUGGCUGGCGCUGCGGGUCGUAGCCGCCUCCGAGCAGCUCGUGGGUGCGAGGCUCCUCUUCAGCGACGAUGCGUACUGGGACUGGUGGGCGGCGUCCCCAGGCGUUGCGGGCGGGAUCUCUCCCAUCGCCCUGCUGCACAUCUGCACGGACGAGCCCUGCGGCGCGGAGGCACCUGCGGGCUGCGACGAGCUUAUCCACGUCUCGGACGCCCGCAGGCUGGAGGCGGAGGACAUUGCCGAGGUCUUCUCCAACUGCUUGCCCCGCAACCCCGAGGCGGUCUGGCCCGCGGACCUGCUGGGGCCGCGUGCGGCGCGGCUGGCCGCCCCACGCGGGUCGGCGCGCCCGACGAAGGAGAGUGCUGCGCCGCCGGCGCCCGGGGCAGCAGAACCGCGUGCAGCCAAGCUCACGGUCGUGGGCCGCGACGCUCCCUUCGAUGGGCUGCUCGGCGACAGUGCCCUGACCGCGCGGGCUGCAGGCCUCCCGCUCGACCUGGAGCCCACGCGGUACGAGCUGCGGGCCAGGCUCGCUGCGGCGCGGGACCGGUUCGCCUCGGCAGCGCCGGGGGCCGCUGCGGCCGGCGCACCUCUAGGCAGUGCACAGGGCGCGCUGAGCGAAGGCAAGCCGAAGAAGCGGGGCCUCGCCGAGGCGCUCGCGGAGCGCAUGGCGAAGGUCGCCAAGGCCCCCAGCGCCGAGGCGGCGCGCGGCUCAAGCGGCCCAGCUGCUGCGGCUGUGGCCAGCGGGGAAGCUGCGGGCGAGGGCGUGAAGGAGCUGGCGACGGCGCUCAUGGCGGCGCUCAAGAGCUCGGCCGCGCAGGCUGCUGGCAGCUCGGGCGCCGGCGCCGCCGCGGACCCCCUCAGCGCGGCCGACGGGGCCGCAGCCACGAGGGGACUUGCGACCAGACGGGUUCCCUGCAGGAAGAUGGCGCAAGACCAGCCUUGCAAGUUGUCGGAGCUCACGCCGAUGCAGAUUGCAGAGUUCCUCGGCGCCGUCGAGGGCGACGCGGCGGUGGGCCCGACGACGGCGCUCGUGCUGAGGUACCUGCCCACGAUCUACUUGCCGCAGAACCCAGUGCAGCAGAUCGGGGUGGCUGCGUAUCGCGAGAUGCGGACGUUGGCCCAGGCGAUCGACUUUCUCCUCCAGGGCAAGAUUCCGCAAGCGCUGGACAUCUUGACCCAGCGGCUGAAGGCGGCGCAGGUGGCAGUCGACGACGGGCGCUGGGGCGCGGCGAAGUGGCUGGAGCUGAUCCCCGCCAAGGACGAGCCCGCCACGCUGCGGAACGAGGAGGAGGAGAUGAUCCGCAGCAUCGGGCUCGGCGAGUUGAAGCUGGAGGAGCUCAGCAGCCGGCUUCGCGGGCCUCAGGCGCGGCUGCCUGGCAAUCGCGCGCCCGACCGCCCGAGGGCGCCGAAGGGCAGCGCGAAGGAGGGCGAGAGAUUGCCUCAUCCGCGAGUCGCGCAGUUCGACAAGACCGCAGAGAAGCUGCCCGCUGGAGGCUCGCAGGCGCCGCUGAACUUCAAGGCGGCGAGGGCUGCCUGCCCGGGGAAGGGCGGCGAGACGUCGAAGGGGUGCAUGGCGCGGCUGCGGAACUUCAUGGCGGAGUCGCGCGGCCAGAGGCGAUCGCAGACGUUGCCGAGGCUGCUGGAGGCGCAGCUUCUGAGGGGGAGGGCGCGGCGCGGAUCGCUGCUGGUGUCUGAGGACUUCCCCCGGCUGGAUGAUGAGGGGGCAAGGGGCCGCUUCGCGGCUGGAGCGCCUCCCAGCGGGGGCCAGCAGCGGGAGCUGGCGAGCACCUCUCUCCCACGCGGCAUGCGGAGGCCCCCCGCCGCGGGCUGUGCCACGCGCGACGCUGGGGCGUGGCGCGACGAGGUCUCGGCCCAGUUCGGCGCGACCGUCACCAGCGUCGACAUGACAGUGCACCUCGUGCAGCUCGUCGAGCGCCACCCUGGCAGCCCGGGGACUUCCGCUAGAGAAUUUGCAAAGCACGUGUCCACACUUAGCGGGAGCGGCAGGCGCCCGCGUGACCUGUCGCCGCUGCCCCCGCCAAGUUUCCUGCCUGCGCAGCGGCAGGCCAUGGGGUUCCUGAAGUCCCGCGUCGUAGACUUCCUGGGGGACCCGUUUGAGCUGGUGAGCGCGCCCACCGCCGACGCGGCCCUCAGCGAGGCGACCGUGGUCUACGCAGGCGAGCCCGUGGCCAAGGCGUUGCCCUGCGUGCUCGCGGAGCUGGCGUCGCGCUUGCUGCAGCCCGAGCAUGCCGGGGCGCUGGGCGCCCUAGACCUCGUGGAGCCCGACGUUGCCGAGUGGCUGGCCUCGCCCGAGAAGGCCCUUCUUCCCGAGGCCGACUGGCCCGACCCCGGGCCUCGAGCCAGGGUCAGCGUCGUGGACAAAGCGGGUUGGCAUGAGCUCGCGGUGCACCUCGCGGAGCUCGGGAUUUUCGCGGCGCUGAGCGAGGACCAGCUCGUCAGGGCCAGGGGCGAGCCGCUCUUGAACAGGCUCUUCGCUGCGGCACAGAAGGGCAAGCCAAGGCCAGGCGGCGAACGGGUCACCAGGCUGAUCUUGAACAUGGUCCUUGGCAACGCCUUGCGCAAGCGGCAUGUCGGUGAAGCUUCGCUCCUCGCGGCGUCCACAGGCUGGGUGUCCCUGCGCACCCCCGAGGGCAAGUUGCUGCUGUGGGGCGCAGAGCUUCCACCUGAGCUGGAGUGUCAGAAGGACGAGGCACGCCCGAUCGUCGAGCUGGGCAGUGGCUGCGAGGCUGGCUGGUGGCAGGCGCGCAUCGACGACUUCGACGCGCCCCGGAUCGCGGGCGAGGCGCGGGCGCGACAGCUCGGGGGCGCCGAGGCGGACUGCGAGCAGCGCGUUCGCGAGAGCUACAGGUGCGCUGGCGUGGCCUGCGCGGCGGAGAAGGCCCGCCUGCGGGAGACGCGAGUUGAGCGCAUGGGGGCCGACGUGGAUGGCGUCAGCGGGCGGCUUGCAGCGCCGGGCCCCAAGGUGUUGAGUGCCGCUGCCCUUUGCCUCGCGACGUUGUCGCAGGAGCGGGUGCCCUGGCGCGUGUGCAUGAUGGCCCUCAGCAAGCUGGUGCGGGCUUUGGGAUUCAGACGCCCGCUUUCCGGCCUCCUCAACUCUAUAUGGUCCCUGUCGACGGUGGGAUGUACGGUCCAGUACAAUGCCGAGAUGGUCGAGGAGCUCUUCUCGGGCCUCAUGCUGCUGCCUACAGCGGCCACCUCUCUCCGCGCUCGCAUUGAGGGUAUGGUCACGGUCUCGGACGCCUCGGAAUUCGGGGGCGUCGUCUGCACGUCCACGAGCCUUCGCGGGGAAGCGGCAUUUGCGCUCAAAUCCGUGAGCCAGGUCGCUGAUCGCCUCGUCGUGGGCUCUCGGCUGCUCAGCAUGCCCGUAGACCCGCGGUGCCCCUGGACUGUGUCUAACCCGAGGAUCCCGAGGGCAGUCGUGUUGAAGGUGCUCAAUGACCUCUUUGUCACGUUCUCGGAGACUGUGGACGCGGGCGUCGCGGGCACGGGCAGCCCGUGCCAGGACCUUUCGCGGCUCGACGCAAGCGGUGGAGGACUGCAUGGCUGCAAGAGCUCCUUGUUGUACGAGGUGCCCUGGAUCUUGUGGCUCUUGCGGCAGACGUUCGGGCGGCGCCUCUACUUGCUGCUCGAGAACGUGGCGAGGAUGACAGACGAGAGCGUCAAGGCCAUGUCCAGCUGCAUGGGAGUGAAGCCGUGCCUCCCCUGCUUGUCGGUCACGGUGCCGCGUCGCAGGCCGCGACUCUUCUGGUUCAGGUGGCAGCCCCAGGUGGCGCCGCCGCUGCGCCUUGUCGACAAGGGCCGCUGCCUCGGGGUCAUGGCAGACAACGGGGCGCUGCUGGACAUCGAGUGGGGGGACCAGAAAAUUCGCUUGGCCAAGCGCCCGCUCCCCUUCUCGACGCUGGUGUUCUGCGGGGCGCCCCUGAGCUUCCCGUCGGCGCCGCGGGGCUUGGGCUCGGCGCCCGAUGAGACGCGACCGCGUUGGCAGGCCGAUUUGUUCCGCUAUCACGCCGCGCUGUACGAGGAGAAGAUCGCGCGCGUCGGCCAGUGCCGCGAGACCUGGGGCCAGAGCGGCUGCUUCGAGGACAGCUCGGGCGACCCGAACAUCGAGGAGGCCAGACGUCUCGUCCUCCACUACCUGAGCCCCGCGGAGAAGGGGGGCUCGGACGCGCGGCUGGAUUGCGGCCUGCCGCUGGAUCUGUCGCGGGCGCUGCUGAAGGCCUGGCGGCGAGCGGGGCCUGCAGAGCGGGCGCUGCCGUCCACGCCCGGCAUCGCCGCAGGCCGGGCAAGCCUGGCGGCGGAGGCUGGAGCACUCGACUGA